AUGCCGGUGAGCAGCUGUUCGGGCAUUGCACUUGAGGGUAUGGCUGCGGUUGAGGGUAUGGCCGAGGUUGAGGGUAUGGCUGGGGUAGUGGCGAGGGUUGUGGAGCAAUGCACUGUGGACGACACAUUGGCUGACAGGACGUUGGACAGGCAUUCUGAAUGCAUUGCUGUUGACAUGCGGGCAUACAACUGGACACACAUUGCGGUGGAAUUACAGGUACUGGAUUCGGGUAGGGCUGGGGCGUGA